GAAAUGCCUUUGAUGAUUGUGGAGACGAGCUGCAGCCUAAUUGGCUGGUACUUUCUGUAUGUGUUUCUGUGUCACUUGAACAGUGCGAGAGAUUGUGAGUGGAACUGCAGGCUGGUAACUCUGCUCCACGGCAUCCUGAUCGUCUGUGUGACUGCUUACAUUGGCUUCAUUGCUGGGCCAUGGCCUUUCACACACCCAGGCACUGAAAACACAUCUCUCCAGAUCCUGGCUCUUGUGCUCAGCUUAGGAUACUUCCUCUUUGACAUGGCUUGGUGUGUGUAUUUCCACACUGAGGGUCCAGUGAUGCUGGCCCACCACACCAUGAGCAUCCUUGGAAUCGUGCUGGCACUAGGGCUGGGCGAGUCGGGCAUCGAGACCUGCGCUGUCCUGUUCGGCAGUGAGAUCACCAACCCGCUCCUGCAGGCCCGCUGGUUCCUCAAGCGCAUGGGCCGCUAUGAGAGUUUAGCAGGAGAUGUGGUGGACCUGCUCUUCAUUCUUCUGUUUGCCUCUGUGAGGAUUGGUGUUGGGAGCAGAAUGCUGUAUUGUGAAUUAACCUCUCUGAAGCCAUCGCUUAUAGUGAAAGUUGCUGGAGUGGCUAUUUACACUCUCUCCUGGAUCUUCAUGAUAGACAUUGCACGUUUUGCCUGCAAGAAAACUCGCGCCAAAUACAGGCGAUGGAAGGAACAGUACAAGCUGGAUGAUGCUAAUGGACAUGCUGUUAAAGUCAAAUAGGCCUUUCUAUGCUUUAGAACUGAGAAAAUGGCAUUUUUGCUGAUAUAGCUAGAAAUAUUUUGUUAAUUUAACAGGGUUCCAUUUUAAUGGGUAUUUAAAAAACUCACAAAAGGUGACAUAUAUAAAACAUACCUAGAAAAAUGUAAAUCCAGUAUAGCUAUUCCUAUC